UCAACGUAACUUUUUAAAAUAAAUUUUAUUUAAUACCACAAAGGUAUAAUUACUAUACCAUUGUGUUUUGGAGUCAUAGACUGUGGUGACUGGUGAUAUUUCAGAAUAUAAAAACUCUUCAGAAUGGCUGCAUUUGAAGAGUUUGGUGUGUUACCUGAGCUUUCCAAGGCCAUAGAUGAGUUGGAAUGGACAUUACCCACAGACAUCCAAGCAGAAAGUAUCCCCCUGAUUCUAGGUGGUGGAGAUAUAUUAAUGGCAGCUGAGACUGGAUCUGGUAAAACUGCUGCUUUUUGCUUGCCUAUUAUUCAAAUAGUGUGGGAAACUUUAAAGGACAUCCAAAGUGGUAAAGCCUUAAAAUCUGCUUCCAAAGUUUCUCCGCCAUGGACAAUGUCAACUCAUGAUCGUGGCGCGGCUUUGGCAGUGGCUCCAGAUGGCUUAAGAGUGCAAAGUCGUGAGCAGAAAGAAUGGCAUGGUGUUAGGUGCACCAGAGGAAUCUCUUCUGGUAAAUGGGGCUUUGAAGCCCUUGUUACUGAUGAGGGGCUCUGCAGAGUUGGAUGGUCAACACUAAAAGCUUCGUUGGAUUUGGGAACUGACAGGUUUGGAUGGGGAUUUGGUGGUACAGGAAAAAAGUCACAUAAUAAACAAUUUACUGACUAUGGAGAGGCUUUUGGGAAGAAUGACGUGAUAACUUGCUUAGUAGAUUUUGAUAAGGGAGAGAUUAAGUUUAUGAAGAAUGGAGUUGACUUUGGAGUGGCAUUUACAAAUGUUAAUCCUAAGGAACCAAUUUUUCCUGCAGUAGUUUUAAAGAAUGCUGAAAUGGCUUUUAAUUUUGGUGAGAAACCUUUUAAACAUAGUCUGCCAGAUAAGUUUUUGCCUUUAAUAUCUGCUGCGAAAGACACAGUUGCCAUGAACACCAAUGCACAAGGCUGCUCCAGCGGUGAAGGUGUAGUUAAAAUAUCUAAUAAUGCUCCACAAGCAGUCAUAAUUGAACCUUCAAGAGAGUUAGCAGAGCAGACAAGCAAUCAGAUCAAGCUCUUUAAGAAAUACUUGGAAAAUCCAGCAAUCCGGGAGUUGUUAGUGAUUGGAGGUAUUAAUAUCAAGGAACAAAUAUCUGUUUUACAGAAUCAAGGAGCUGAUAUUAUUGUCGGUACCCCUGGCCGUUUAGAAGAUUUAAUUCAGGGAGGUUAUUUGUCAUUAUCCAAUUGCCGAUUCUUUGUAUUAGAUGAGGCUGACGGCUUAUUAAAACAAGGAUACACCGAUUUAAUCGAAAGACUACACAGACAGAUGCCUAAAGUUACAGCUGAUGGAAAAAGAUUGCAAAUGAUUGUUUGUAGUGCUACUUUACACGCCUUCGAGGUGAAAAAAUUGGCUGAAAAACUCAUGCAUUUCCCCACUUGGGUAGAUUUAAAAGGGGAAGAUGCGGUUCCGGAAACCGUGCAUCAUGUUGUGGUUAAUGUUGAUCCACAAAACGAUAGGACUUGGCAGAAUUUAAAACGUCACAUUUUGACCGAUGGAGUGCAUCAGCAAGAUAAUGUAAGACCAGGGAAUAACAGUCCGGAAACCCUGAGUGAAGCGGUAAAAAUUCUUAAAGGGGAAUACGUGAUUCGUGCCAUAGAUGUGCACGAGAUGGAUAGAGCAAUCAUAUUUUGCCGUACUAAAUUGGACUGCGACAAUCUGGAGAAAUAUAUGAAGCAAAUCGACAGGAGACAUUAUUCGUGUGUUUGUUUGCAUGGAGACCGCAAACCGAAUGAGAGAAAGAGCAAUUUAGAUACGUUUAAGAGAAAUGAGGUAAAAUUUUUAAUUUGCACCGAUGUUGCUGCUAGAGGGAUAGACAUAACAGGUUUACCAUUUAUGAUUAACGUUACUUUACCAGAUGAGAAAUCCAACUAUGUUCACAGAAUUGGUAGAGUAGGAAGAGCCGAAAGGAUGGGGUUGGCUAUUAGUUUGGUUUCAACAGUGCCAGAAAAGGUGUGGUACCAUGGAGAAUGGUGUAAAAGUCGUGGAAAAAACUGCUGGAAUACAAACCUAACAACCCAAGGAGGCUGUUGCAUCUGGUACAAUGAACCACAGUAUUUGGCAGAUAUUGAAGAACACUUAAACGUAACUAUUCAACAAAUUGAUGCAGACUUAAAAGUUCCUCAUGACGAGUUUGAUGGUAAAGUGGUGUAUGGGCAAAAACGUCAAAAUAGUGGUUCGAGUUACCAAAAUCACACCUCGCAAAUGGCACCCAUAGUUAAGGAUCUGACGCAAUUGGAAAGUCAGGCACAAAUUUUGUAUUUGAAACGGCAUCUCACUAAAAUGGCUAGGGUGGCUUGAGAUUAAGAAAUACAUCUAAACAGUGUAAUUGUUAUUGUAUUAAAAAAUAAUGUAUCAACA